UGCGCCAAGAGCCCCGCGCGGCCUUGUGGGUGUUACACUACGGACUCUGUUUCCCUUGGUACCUACUAAGGCCUGGCUUGCUGCACAGCUGUGGUGUGUCGCGCGCGGCCUUGUGGGAGUUGUAGCCCAGACUACACUUCCCAUGGUGCUUCGGGAGACUCAGUUUCUGAUGGCAGUGGGUUCGAGGCCCGUGGCCGAGGCCGGGUUGACUUAACGGAGCCAUGGAGGGUGGCUUUGGCUCGGAUUCCGGGGGAUCUGGCGGUGGGAAACUGGAUCCGGGGCUUAUCAUGGAGCAGGUCAAAGUACAGAUUGCCGUGGCCAACGCGCAGGAGCUACUGCAGAGGAUGACCGACAAGUGUUUCCGGAAGUGCAUUGGGAAGCCAGGGGGAUCCUUGGACAAUUCGGAACAGAAAUGCAUCGCCAUGUGUAUGGACCGCUACAUGGACGCCUGGAACACCGUGUCCCGCGCCUAUAAUUCACGAUUGCAACGGGAACGAGCCAACAUGUAACCAGGAACUACCCUCCGUCACCCCCACCGCUGGGCCCAUCUCUGUAAAUGUGAGGCAGGACGAGCAUGGUCACUCUGCCUGCCCAUGGCAUCCAAGAAUGACACUAUUAUGAAGGAACCGUUGGGACCAUGUUCCUUGCCAACCACUGCAGCUUGGGUUGGGGGAACCUGUGCUUUCCUGGCAGCUCAGUGGACUUCCUGUGGGCCUGGGAGUCCCUGGCCCUUCCCCUAAUGUGCUCAGGUUGGCCUCCUGCCCGGAACUGAGGACCUUUGUUUUGCCCUUGUUGGGGUAGAGGUGUGGCCUCCUAAGGGUGAACCAAUAAAUUGCUGAACCAGGACCAAAGAAA